AUUCUGCAAAGCCCAAAUGUACUGGUGUUUGUUAGACAUUCUCACAAAAAGGUCUCUUAAUCAAAAAUGCGGCUUCUCAUCUGGUCCUUAUGUCUUUCUAUUCUCUCCCUGGAAGUAGCCUCAGCUUCAGAACCGUAUUAUGCAAUUACAAUACCUGCUCAGAUGGUCUACCCCUCACUGGAGAGAGCAUGUGUUACUAUCUUGAAACUGAAGGGGGCGCUGCAGCUCAAAAUGACGUUAAAGAGAGAACAGAAAAGUAUUUUGGUGACAGAGGACACAGUCAACACCCCCACGUAUUUUCACUGUUAUUCUUUUCAGCUCCCCACCGUAGUGGAUGAAGAAGAGGUCUGGUUUUUUCAUGUUUCUGCUCAUGGAGACAACAUUAACGUCAAUCAGACCAAGAAGAUCUUGCUCAUGAAAGGAACUCAUUUGACUUUCAUUCAGACUAAUAAACCCAUCUAUAAGCCUGGCCAGGCAGUGAAUUUCCGAAUUGUAACCCUGGACACGAAUUUCAAUUCUAAAAAUGACAAGUAUCCAUUGGUGGAACUGAUUGAUCCAAAUAAUAAUCGGAUUGGGCAAUGGUUGGAUGUCUCCCCAUACCAAGGGAUUGCAGAUUUAACUUUUCCUUUGGCAAAUGAGCUACCACUAGGAGAAUACACCAUAAAUGUACCCAACAGACACACAACUACAUUUCAUGUAUCUGAAUAUGUUCUUAAAAGAUUCAGUGUUAAGACUGACUUUCCAGGCAGUGUAUCUCUGAUGGAUACAUCCUUUAACGUGAAAGCAUGUGGAAGUUAUUCGUAUGGAAAGCCAGUUUCAGGUUCUUUUUCGGUCAUUGUCUGUAAAAGAGGCAUAGAAGCAUUAUAUAUGAAUCUCCAUGACGAAGACAUUAAAGAUGUGAGCAAUUGCCAACAGAUAAUAGGAGUGCAUCCGGAUGCCAAAGGGUGUUUAUCAAGAGAGAUUGACCUUACUUCUUUGAAUAUCUCAAAACUAAGUCCACAUGAGCUUUUACAUGUCAGGAUUUCACUGACAGAUGACGUUUCAGGCCACACUGAAAAAACUGAAGGUUUUGCCUUAAUUGCAGCUAAUCUACAAAUGAAGUUUGAGGAUAUUCCUCAGUUCUACCAAAAAGGAAUUCCAUUCACUGCCAAGCUGAAAGUCUUAGAAAAACGGCAGCCCAAGGCGAAUGAAACGGUCUACUUGGUAUUGGGGUUCGAAGAGGAAGAUUUGAACAUGACAUCGGUUACAAAUGAAGAUGGAAUUGCAGUUUUCUCUGUGGACACCUCAACGUGGGAUGACAUGGUGUCCGUGCGAGGAACUUUGUCACUAGAAGAUGACGAAGAAAAUAUUUCCAUAAUUACUCGUGCUUUUGUUUGGCUGCAUCCUCUCUACUCUGAAAGCAACAGUUACUUGAAGGUAGAAGCUAAUACCACUGGCUUGUCUUGUGACUCUCAUGAGUAUCUGACUGUGGAGUACUUUAUCAACACAUCAGAGCUGGAUCCUGCAGAUAGCCAACUCCAUUUCUUCUACCUUUACGUGUCUAGAGGCGUCAUUUUAUUAAAUGGCGAAUAUGAUUUGGAUAUUACAGAACAGUCCCUGGGCUCUGUUCUUCAUGGGAGUUUUAAUCAGAGGAUCCCAUUAGGUCCUGAGUUUUAUCCUGACUUCAUUUUCGUUGUUUAUACAAUAUUGAAAAAUGGGGAUAUUCCAACAUAUACGAAACAGUUUAACACACCCCUAUGCCUGAAGAAUAAGAUCCAGCUUAAGUUCUCCAAAGAUGAAGUCCAUCCAGGAGAAAAAGUCAGUCUAGAGGUUCAAGCAGAUUCUGGAUCAUUUUGUUCUGUGCGUUCAUUGGAUAAAAGACAUGCACUACGUGGGAAAGAUGACACAUUAGGGGGCGCCAAGUAUUGGCUUCAAAUACUAUCAGAGAAACUUUCAGUGAACAAGCGAGGCAUUCCUUAUUCAAUUGAAGAUUUCGAAAAAUAUCCUUGUUUGAAAAACAAUGAGGACCCAGAGGCCGGAAUGCAAGAGGCAGAGUGGUACCAUGGUGAUGCUGAUGUGUAUAUGAUGCUCAAGCAAAGCAACCUGAAGAUUUUCACAAAUGCUAAGAUAAGAAAACCAGUGAUGUGCAUUGCUCCGUCCAUCUUAAGACGCAUGUCAGAGAAAACACAUAAGAGAGUAGAAUUGCAGACUUCUUCCAAAAAGACAAAGAAGCCUUUGAAAAGGACACUUUUCUCAGACACAUGGCUAUUCGACUUGGUUUCUGUCGGCCCAGAAGGACGCGCUGUAUUAAACUUGACGACUCCACAUAGUAUCACUACCUGGGAAACUGAUGCAUUCUGCGUGGGCAAGUCUGGUUUUGCAGAAAUCAGUGGUGUGGGACUUACCAUCUUCCAGCCUUACUUCAUUGAUCUGGUUUUACCUUACUCUGUGGUACAAGGAGAGAAGUUCAUCAUUACUGCCUCCGUCUUCAGCCACUUAAAAUCCUGCAAUAUGGUAUUUGUGUCUCUUUCUGACAUGAAUUUCCCAACAAUCGAGAACAAGGAGCAGUCGCGGUGUAUCUGUGAUGAUCUUGGUGCCAGCUUUACAUGGAACGUGUCUGCUUUAAAACCAGGAAAUGUUAAGGUCCAUGUGACCAGUACUUCUCUAAAGCUUGAAGGUGGCUGCACAGACCAGCUCCAAACUGCCAGAAAGGAUCAAAAAGAAGACAGCAUUGAGAAAACCAUCAUAGUAAAGCCUUCUGGAAUUUUAGAAGAAAAUACUCAGACAUUUCUCCUCUGCCCAUCAGGAGACAGUGUGAGGAGAACGGUUAUGUUGGACGUUCCAGAGAAGGUGGUGCCAGGCUCAGAACAAGCCCUUAUCUCUGUUUUAGGUAACUUAAUGGGAAGCUCCAUAUCUAACAUUGGUGAGACCCUGACUCUUCCGUUUGGAUCUGGUGAGCAGAAUUUGGUGGAUUUCAUUCCAAUUUCUUACAUUGUAAAAUAUUUGGAGACCACCAAGAACCUAACACCUAAAAUAAAAGUGAGAUCUACUACCUAUCUAACCAAAGGUUAUCUUAGACAGCUGAUGUUUAAAAAGGCCGAUGGCUCUUACAGUGUUUACCAUGGCCUCCCCGGUAGCACCUGGCUCACCGCCUUCACAGUGAGGUCCUUCAGUCACGCUAAAGACCUUAUCUACAUCCAGGAGAAGCAUAUUGACGAUGCUGUGAGAUGGCUCAGUAGUUUGCAGUUACCCAGUGGAUGCUUUCAAGAAGUUGGAGAAAUCUUUAACAACUACUUAAUGAGAGAGGCCGAUAACAAUGUGACGCUUACAGCAUACGUAACAAUAGCUCUGCUGGAACAUGGCCAGGUGUACAAUGUUUCGGUUGUUGAGAAUGCACUGAGAUGUCUAAAGGACGCAGUCGAGGAUGUGAGAACUACCUACACUCAGGCUCUCCUCGCCUACGUAUUCACUUUGUCGAAUGACGGUGAUCUGAGAAAACGUUUUCUGGAGAUCCUGGACAAGGCUGCUAUAAGGAAAGAUGGGAGCAAGCACUGGGCAGCAGAUGAAAGAGAUAAUGGAGACGUCGAGAUUUCCUCCUAUGUUCUCCUUGCAAAACUCUCGGAUGAAGCAGCUUCGCAAAAAGAUGUCGAGGAGGCUUCUCCUGUAGUCAACUGGAUUAUCAAGCGGCAGAGUAGACGGGGCGGUUUCUAUGCCACUCAGGAUACAGCGGUGGCUCUUCAAGCAUUGACUAAAUAUGCAAAAGCAACUUACAUAGAAAAUCCAGAUGUAAUUGUGUCGGUCAAGUCACUGUCUGGGUUCCAUAGGCAGUUCCAUGUGGAUAAAUCGAACAGCCUCCUCACCCAAAGAGAGAUAUUACCAGACAUACCUGGAGAGUAUACGCUGACAGCUACAGGGACAGGCUGUGCAUAUAUACAGGCACAUCUAAAGUAUCACACCCCUCUCCCCAAAUCUGAUGCUUUCUUCACCCUCACGACCAGUACUCAACCAUCACUCUGCACUCAGGAAGCAAAUACUAGAAUGGACAUACUCCUGGAGGCCAGUUAUUCAGGUGAAAGGACGGCAACCAAUGCAGUAAUAAUAGAGGUAGAGGUUUUGUCUGGGUUUAUUCCUAAUAAAAAGAGUGUGAAAAAGUUAAAAGUCAAUCCUAUUGUGGAAAGAACAGAGGUCACGCCUGAUAAAGUUAUCAUUUACUUGCAGAAGCUCACCAAUGAAGCUGUGACUUUAAGAUUCUCCAUCACACAAGACUUACAUGUGGACAAUCUGCAAGCUGCAAAAGUGAAGAUUUAUGACUAUUAUGUUCCAGAUGAGCACGCAGUGACUGAAUAUAAUUCCCCCUGCAGUACAGGGUUACAUUUAUCUCAAGACAACAGUUAAGAAGCUCCUUUGGGAUUUCUAUGAAAUUGUCAGACAGUAUCACAAUAAAUCACAAAUUGUUCCUUUAUUGAAAUGUGUCUUAUCUCAUAGAGGGAAUGUAACACCUUUAUUAAACCAGAUGCUGAAAUAUAUCUUUUGUA